UCCAUCUUCCGACCAGCAUGCUCCAGCCCAACGAGGUCGACUGCAUGGUCCCGACGCUCAUCGAGGAGCGCAUGCGCCUGCAUGCCAUGGACGCCAACGACCAAGCAGCGACAAGCCUCGUUCUCGACCCGACAUGGAGCGACGACGAGGCGAGCGACGUGUACAUCCCGACGGCGUUCUUCACGUCGACGAGCGGGCUCGCCAUGUACUGUCCGCCGACGACGCUCGAGAUGCUCUCAACGAGCGACUGCACGAGCGAGGACGAGCCGACGAUGGGUCUCAGCAUGUACCUCGAGGCCUUCAACUUGCUCUCGCCGCGCCGAGGCGCUACGAAGCACCGCCCGUUAUGUACCAAGAAGAAGACCAUGAUCAAGAAGCGCAAGGCUGGCAAGGCGUCGACCAAGAAGACGGUCAAGCGCAGCGUCCAGCGCGCGUUCCUCUGAGCGCUUUUGUUCCUAUUUAUGAUGCUCGCAACCCU